UGUGUCGAGAAAUAAUUUGAAAAGAUUUAUUUACCUAAUAAGAUUUUGUUUGACAUUCUUCUCCAGUUACCAUUAUUAAGGGUUCUUUGCUUGAAUAAAAUAUGGAAGUAAAGGUACCAGAGUUCGUUGGAAAUUUGAGGCACCUGCGGUAUCUUAAUCUAUCUCAAUCUCCAAUCACACAUUUACCAGACAAUAUUGGUAAUCUUUAUAACUUAUAGACGUUGAUCGUCUUUGGUUGUGACAAUUUGAUAAAGUUGCUUGACAGCUUCUUAAAGCUCAAAAAUUUGCGGCAUUUAGACAUUAGGGACACUUGACUAUUGAAGAAGAUACCUUUAGGUAUUGGUGAGAUGAAAAGCCUACAAACUCUUUCUAAGAUCCGUAUCGGGGGUGAAAACGGGUUUCCAAUAAGUGGGUUAAAGAACUUGAAGAAUCUUCGUCGGAGAGUUUGCAUUGAUGGGCUAGACAAAUUACAAAACAAUGAUCAGGCACAAGAGAUGGACCUAUCACAGAUGAGGCCUAGUGGGGUGGUGGAAUGAAGUGAUGUGUUUGAUAAAUCUCAAAAGCAAAGACUUGAAACAGAGGUCCUGGAUAUGCUUAAUUAAGCCUCAUAGUGAUAAUCUGAAAUUACUUGAAGUUGUGUCAUAUGGGGGCACAAAAUUUCCAAAAUGGGUCACAGAUUCAUCGUUCAUAAUGUUGACUAGUGUUUCCAUUCACAAAUGUAGAAAUUGUAAAUUUUUGCCACCACUUGGGCAUAUGUCUUCACUGAAGAAGUUGUUUAUUGAAAGCAUGGAUGAUGUAAAAGAGGUAGGUUUAGAGUUACUCGGGAAUGGUCCUACAACAUUCCCUUCACUUGAGAUUCUAAGAUUUAAAAACAUGCCACAAUGGGAGGUAUGGUCAGUUAAUGUGGGUGUUGUUGUGUUUCCAUGCCUUAAAGAGCUUCAUAUAGAAGAAUGUCCUAAUAUGGCACGAUGGGAGGUACGAUCAGCAAAUGGUGAUGAAAUAGUGUUUUCAUGCCUUCAAGAGCUUCUUGUGAAUCGUUGUCCUAAUUUGGUAAAAGUAUCACUUAAAGCACUACCCUCGUUAAGGAAUUUAAAGGUAUGGAAUUGUGGUGGUGUUUUGUUGACAAGUCUGGUUGGUUUAGCUUCAUCAAUCACCAAAUUGAGUAUAAUACAUAUAUUAGGACUUCGUGAUAAGAUGUGGGGUAGUGUUGUUGAGUAUCUUGGGGCUCUUGAAGAAUUAAGAAUCAGCGGUUGUGAAAAACUAAGAAAUUUGUGGGAAGCAUCAGAGGCAUGUAAGGAGAUUCUUAUGAAUCUAAAAAAGUUGAAAGUAUGGUAUUGUGGGAAAUUGGUGAAAAUAGGAGGAGAGAAAGAGGAAGGGGAAGGGAGCAACCUACCCUUCUUAACAUCUCUUAAGAUGAUAAAGAUAUGGAGGUGUAAGAAUCUCAAGCAUCUGAGUUGUCCAGGGAAUAUUGAAACAUUGGAUAUAUGAUUGUAAUUCAAUUACAUGUGUCACCUUCCCAACCGAAGGAGGAGGAUGGCAGAAGCUCAAUUCAUUGGAUAUAAGGAAUUGUAAUUCGGUAUUGAAAGAGGAGUUGGAAAAGCAAAUGGUAAUAAUAAUUAACAACAACAUAAACAUCCCGUCCAUGCUUCAAGUCUUAAACAUUGUCGGUUGGGAAAAUCUGAAAUCAGUAACGAUAUUUAGAUGUUUCAUUCAGGUCACCAAGCUGGAAAUUAUAAAUUGUAGGAAAAUAAAGGUAUUUCCCAAUUUGCAGACUCUCACCUCGUUAAAGUAUCUGGAAAUCUCGAAAUGUACAAGUAUGGAUGGCCCUCCCCGCAGAAGAAGCAAUGAUGUAAUUGGGGUUUGGCCUCCUAAAUUGGAUUCAUUACGUAUAGGGAUAUUGAAGAGGCCCAUAUCAGAAUGGGGGCCACUUCCAAUCUCACUCGUUGAACUAGUUUUAUGGGGUGGAUUUAGAUCAUCAUCCAUAGAAGAUGAAGACGACAUCGAGAGUUUCCCAGCCGCAUUUCUUCCAUAUUCAUUAUCACCAUCUCUUAGUGAACUUAUAUUAAUUUGUUUUAAGAAAAUGGAAAGUAUAUCAUCAGGACUCGAACACCUCACCUCCCUCCAACAUCUCAGAAUUGCUGAUUGUCCAAAGAUGAAAGAUCUACCAGAAACGCUCUUAUCUUCACUUUUGAGUUUGUAUAUAAGCAGUUGCCCAAAUAAAGAACUGAAAGAAAAGAUGAUGAGCAAAAGAGGAUUCUAUAGACCCCUUAUUUCCCAUAUUCCUAAAGUCGAAAUACACUUUUAAAAAACUAUCAAGUGACAUGAAGACAUACUCAAAUCAGAAACUGGUAAAACUUAAGAGAGGCGUAGAGAUAUUAGCCAUAUCAGCAGCUGCAGGAGGCUAAGUACACAACUAAUGUUGUUGGAUAGACUCCUUUGGCAAAAUUCUCUGAGCAUAGAUUGUGAUCCAUGUAAAAAUAUGCAUAUGCCGAUGUUCUGGAAAAUGUACUGAUGAUGGAAACGACAGUGAUAAUAUGGCUGUUGAACAGUCAACAUAAAGGAAGUCGGUAACAUCCAUGAACCAUGAAGGAUAUGAAAUUGUUCGCAUCUAGACAAAGAUGAUCGUGAAGAUAUUCCUCGCAAUGGAGAGACUUUCAAGGAGGAAGAGAGUCAAGAGAGAUUCUGCGCCAAGAUUGCAGCUAUAGGAGUAGGUGGGACUUGAGUGAAAUGAUAACAAUUUUUUUUUAUCAAGAUUGAAGAUGAAACUAAACUGGAUUAAGAUUCAGGAUGAAGGCGGGCGUGUUAUUCAUAUGGAAUUAGCAUGACCCGGUGAUCAAAUUCUUGGUGGGAAUCAUCAACUUUAUAAUGUUUAAUAACGGCUCGUGUACCUCAAAAUUGGAGGAUGUUGCAUAUUAACUCAUAUUUAUGCUGAUAAGUGAUUUUUGUAAAUCGAUGUACUUUGUUGGAACACAUUAUGAAUUAACAUAUACCAUUUUACUUA